GAUCUCCUUCCGUGUUGUGCCUCUUCCUUAUCUCUCCUUUCUUGGAAUAAACCCGCGGGAAUUGAAUCCACGGUGACUUACUUUGUCCUCAAAGCUCCUUCGGGAAACUUCGACGACCACUCCGAACGAGCCCGCCUUCCCUUUUAUUUUGGAAGUUGCUCCCGCCGAAAGUAUAUCUUGCGGGUGCGCGCGCAAUGGCAACUCGUCCCCGUCGUCUUCCCGCUCACGCCGACCUGGAACCGCCGGUCAAAUCUUGCCGAUAAAAAAACAACAACAAAAACUCAUGAGGAGUGGACGGUGAAGCCCACGCGCGCGUGGAUGUAACCUGCAGCUCGUGUUCAUGACAGAAGCAGCGGCUUUUAUUUUGGAGGGUCGUCCGAGGGGCUCGCUGUUUUGGCGCGUCUAGAGCGCACCUGUCGGGACUCCAAGAUGCUCUCCUCUGGGAAAUAUUACCUGCUCCUGGUCCUGCUGGCUGAAAGUGUCCUGGCCGACCCAGCAACCUCAAACCAAGUGAUUCUUUUGGACACCACGGCGGUGCUGGGAGAACUGGACUGGAAGACCUACCCUGUCAACGGGUGGGAUGCUAUCACAGAGAUGGAUGAACAGAACAGACCGAUCCACACCUUCCAAGUUUGCCACGUAAUGGAGCUGAACCAAAACAACUGGCUUCAAUCUGGAUGGAUCCAGCGGCAGGCAGCACAGAGGGUAUAUGUGGAACUGCGUUUCACUCUGAGAGACUGCAACUCCAUUCCUUGGGUGUCAGGCACAUGCAAGGAAACCUUCAACCUCUUCUACCUGCAGACGAAUGAGCCGCUCCCCGCGGUGACACGUUUCCGACCCACCGACUACGCCAAGGUCGAUACUAUUGCAGCGGAUGAGAGUUUUACUCAGACAGAUCUCGGCGACCGCGUUCUUCGCCUCAACACCGAGGUCAGGGAGGUGGGACCUGUGACACAGAGAGGUUUCUACUUGGCCUUCCAGGAUGUGGGCGCUUGUAUCGCUCUCGUGUCUGUUAAGGUGUUCUACAAACGCUGCCCAUCGACUCAGCGUAAUCUGGCAGUUUUUCCCGACACGGUGCCGCAUACGGACUCUUCCUCGCUGGUGGAGGUUAAGGGCACCUGUGUGGAGAAUGCCGAAGAGAGAGACACGCCUAAACUGUACUGUGGCGCCGACGGAGACUGGUUGGUGCCGCUGGGUCACUGCAUGUGCAGCGUCGGCCACGAGGAGACGGACGGAUCCUGUCAGGCGUGUAAGCCUGGUUCCUUCAAACCGAUCGCUGGGAACAUGAAGUGCUCUCCGUGUCCUCCGCACAGCGCCAGCCAUGACCAGGCCGCCACCAUGUGUCACUGCGAGAAAGGAUUCUUCAGGGCUAACAAGGACCCGUCCACCAUGGCUUGCACAAGGCCUCCGUCAGCCCCCCGGAACUUGGUGUCCCUGAUCAACGACACCGCCCUCUUCCUGCAGUGGAUGCCUCCCAGGGACACGGGGGGCCGGGGGGACGUGGUCUACAACGUCCUGUGCCAGCGCUGCGAGGGCGACGGCGGCGGCGGCGUGGUGACGCACUGCGAGCCGUGCGAGGCCGACCUGAGGUUCAUCCCGCGGCCGCUUGGUCUGACGGGCAUCUCCGUGGCCGUGCUGGACUUUGCCACGCAUGCCAACUACACCUUCCUGGUGGAGGCUGUGAACGGCGUGUCCGGGCUGGCGGUGGCUGCACGCGCGCUGAUCAACGUCACCGUCAACACGCACCAAGCAGGUCCUGCUCUGGUGGGGGUCAUCAAGAAGGACUGGGCCACUGGUAGCAGUAUCGCCCUCUCCUGGACAGAAGAGGAACAUCCGCCCUUGGACAUUGUGGACUAUGAGGUCAAAUACUACGAGAAGGAAGAAGAGCAGCUGAGCUACUCGUCCACACGGACCAGCACUCCCAGUGUGGUGGUGUCGGGCCUCAGAGCCGCCACCGUCUAUGUCUUCCACGUACGUGCGCGCACAACUGCUGGCUACACCGCUUACAGUUCCAACUUUGAGUUCUCCACCACAGCUGAAGCACCUGAUGUGGCAGAUCAGGGUCAAGUUCUGGUUGUUGUCACGGCAUCUGUGGGUGGCUUCUCUCUGCUGGUCAUCCUCACACUCUUCCUCCUCAUCACUGGACGGUGUCAGGGGUACAUCAAAGCCAGGAUGAAGUCCGAGGAGAAGAGGAGGACACGCUUCCGUAGUGGACAUGUUCCUUUCUCUGGGAUAAAGACGUACGUGGACCCCGACACGUACGAGGACCCCACUCAGGCUGUGGAGGAGUUUGCGAGAGAGAUAGACCCCUCCUCUAUUUGCAUCGACAGGGUGAUUGGCUCAGGUGAAUUUGGCGAGGUGUGUAGCGGUCGUCUCCGCACACCGUCCAGGCUGGACAUGGCGGUGGCCAUAAAGACCCUGAAGGGAGGAUACAUGGAGCAGCAGAGGAGAGACUUUUUACGUGAAGCAUCCAUCAUGGGACAGUUUAACAGCCCAAACAUCAUCAGGCUGGAAGGAGUGGUCACCAAGAGCAGGCCUGUGAUGAUAGUGGUGGAGUACAUGGCAAAUGGAGCGCUGGAUUCUUUCCUACGGACGCGUGACGGCCAGUUCACGGUGCUGCAGCUGGUGGGCAUGAUGCGCGGCGUGGCGGCGGGCAUGGCCUACCUCUCCGAGAUGGGCUACGUCCACAGAGACCUGGCGGCCCGCAACAUCUUGGUGGACCAAAACCUGGUGUGCAAGGUGUCGGACUUCGGCAUGUCCCGGGUCAUGGGCGAGGACGCGGAGGCGGCGUACACGGCGACAGUAAAUGUGGGUUUUCAUCGGCGCCGCCCGCACGACGAACGCCCGUCCUCCAGUUCUGCAUCCUUAAAGAUGAUUCAGUUUUACUCUGACCGCCAGGGGGGGAAGAUACCCAUACGCUGGACGGCACCCGAGGCCAUCGCGUACGGGAAGUUCUCCUCGGCCAGCGACGUGUGGAGUUACGGCAUCGUCAUGUGGGAGGUCACGUCGUACGGCGAGAGGCCUUACUGGGAGAUGUCCAAUCAAGACGUGGUUCUAUCUAUGGAGGAAGGGUAUCGGUUACCUGCGCCCAUGGGUUGUCCCGUCACUCUGCACCAGCUCAUGUUGCACUGCUGGCAGAAGGAGCCCAGUCAGCGGCCGCGAUUCAACAACGUGCUUUGUUUCCUGGACAAACUCAUCAUCAACCCCAGCGGUCUUCUCACCCUGGUCAAUGACACAAACAGUUUCCCCGAGUCUCCAGACGACUUGCCCGACUACCCGCUCUUCAUCUCCAUCGGAGACUGGCUGGACUCCAUCAAGAUGAGCCAAUACAAGAACAACUUCAUUGCUGCAGGAUACACCACGCUGGAUUCCAUCGCCACCAUGAGCAUAGACGACAUCCGGCGAAUCGGGAUCUGCCUGAUCGGCCACCAGAGGAGGAUCAUAAGCAGCAUCCAAUCCCUGCGCCUGCAGUUCCACCACAUCCAACAGAGCGGCUUUCAAGUGUAACGGACCGCGUGGGCAGACUGCUGGGUUUAGGGGGUUGGGCGUCACACGACCAGAGCCAGCCGCCGUCUGGUCCCUCAUCAUCUCAUCGGUCUUCGGACCGCCGCCGACCUCAGCCGGCUCUCGUUAGCUCAGCAAACAUUAGGCCAGCUUUGAAUUGAGUGUGUGGGUUGAAGUGGCGGUCAGCGAAGGCCUCGGCUCUCUCCGAGCUUCUCAUCCACUUGAAUCUGAUACCUCAACACCAGAGCAACGUGUGGUGUUUUCAGAGCAAAUUUGAGGCUGGUUUAUUGAGUUGUGUCAUGACAAAAAUGGUAAAUACGAUCCUAUUAAUGAACUGAAGACCACUGAAUGUCAAAAGAUUUUAUAGAUCCACAUCCAUGGUAUUAAAGUGCGUCUUGUACUGGAAGUCAUGUAAAAGGUGUAUGUCUCUUCCUUAAUA